UACACAAAGCCUUUAUUUUAUUCCCUUUAAUGCCAUGCACAGUCUUGAAUGCCACAUGUGUUCACGCUUGCAGCAUGAAGAAUGUGCAGUGUGGGCGUACCAUGAUCUGUCAAAUGUGGCUGAACAACAUGCAGCCUCCUCCUUCAACCCCACCCUUUUGAUUUCUCUCAAGUCACAACUUGAACAAAAGUUUUUUUUUGCGUCUGAACCGAUGUUGAGAAAUAAAGUAAGAAUGCGCGGAGGACGUGACUGUGCUUUGGAGCCGCUGCAGUGAACAGCAGCCUGCAGGAUCUUUUCACUUUUGUCACCCUCGGUUGUGUGAGUGGAUCCUUUCGAUAAGGACUAUGAGCACAAACGACAUCUUUGAGAUGGACUCCAUGACUGAGACAGAUGAGAUGGAGGCUGAAAUUGAAAUGGGCAUGAUAGAGGGGGAAGUGGUGUACCCUGAGGAGUUUUUACCAACUUAUCACAGUAUUAAAGAAGGAGCAGAAGUUGCCAAAGCACAACUGGCAGAGUUUAACAACAAACCCGACUCCUUGUUCUUCAACGAUGGCAUCAGGAGGAUCGACUUCAUCCUGGUCUAUGAGGAUGAGGACAAGAAGGAUUUUGAGAAGAGGCACAAGUUUCAGAGGUGCAAGAGACGGAGAGAGUAUUUUGAAGCCAGCCUGAUGAAGAUGGGGGUGGAGCUGGAGUCGACAAAAUCAGUAAUCGAUGAGAAACUCACGUUUGUCAAAGUCCACAUGCCGUGGGAUGUCCUCUGCACCUACGCUGAGGUCCUGCACAUCAAGCUUCCCAUCCAGCCCAAUGACCUCUCCUCCCGGCCCUCCCCGUGGCGCUACUUCUCCUUCAUCACCAAACACUUCUACCCCAAUGAGAACCUGAUCUCCCAAGAGACCGAGUUCUUCACCGCCCCCUUUGAGAAAGAUCGGCUGGAGUAUUUCUACGUGAAGGACAGAGACAUCUUCUUUACUCCCUCCAUGAGGAGCAGGAUGGCGUAUUACAUCCUGAGUCGGGCCCCCUAUGAAAUCAGAGGGACCAUCAAGAAGUUCGGCAUCACCAAACUGCUGGAUGGUGGAGUGUACAAAGCUGCCUAUCCUCUCCAUGACUGCAGGUUCAACGUCAAGUCCAAAGAAGAGGGCUGUCCCAACGAGAGGUAUCUGCUCUAUGAAGAAUGGGCUCAUCCCAAAAGCUUUUACAAAAUGCAACCUCUGGACCUCAUCAGGAAGUAUUACGGGGAGAAGAUCGGCAUUUACUUUGCCUGGUUGGGUUUCUACACGGUCAUGCUCGCUCUGGCUGCUGUGGUGGGACUGUGUUGUUUUAUUUACGGAUACAGGACUCAAGAAACCAGUACAUGGAGCAAAGAGGUGUGUGACCCUGAAAUCGGAGGAAGAAUUGUGAUGUGUCCACAGUGCGACAGGGAGUGCAAAUACUGGAGGUUGAACAGCACUUGUGAAGCUUCGAAGAAACUUUGUAUCUUUGAUAACUUUGGAACGCUGGUUUUUGCAGUUUUCAUGUCCAUCUGGGUCACUUUGUUUCUGGAGUUCUGGAAACGCUACCAGGCGGAGCUGGAGUACGAGUGGGACACUGUGGAGUUCCUGGAGCAGGAAGAGCCACCUCGUCCAGAAUAUGAAGCCAAGUGUAUCUACGAGAGGAAAAACCCUGUCACCGGGGUCAAAGAAAAAGUGCCGUACACAGCCUGUGGACGAUGUGUUCGAGUGUCAAUAGGAAUCAGCACAGUCUUGUUCUGGAUUCUGUUGAUCCUGGCGUCCAUUGUGGCCAUCAUUGUCUACCGCCUGGCUGCGUUUUUUGCCUUCUCCGCCAAACUCAGAGCUCAGGACCUGAAGGAGCUUGAACCCUUAAAGGAGUAUGUGACGCCUCAGAUGGCCACGGCUGUCACAGCCUCCCUCAUCAGCUUUGUCGUGAUCAUGAUCCUGAACAUUCUGUAUGAGCGGGUUGCCAUCUGGAUCACUGACUUUGAGCUUCCUCGGACCAAGACAGACUAUGAAAACAGCUUGACUCUGAAGAUGUUCCUGUUUCAGUUUGUCAACUACUACUCCUCCUGUUUCUACAUCGCCUUCGCCAAAGGGAAGGUGGUUGGUUAUCCCGGACAGCCUGUUUAUCUCCUGGGAAAAUACCGGAACGAGGAGUGUGAUCCUGGUGGUUGUCUGAUUGAGUUGACCACACAGCUCUCAAUCAUUAUGGGUGGAAAAGCUAUCUGGAACAACAUCCAAGAGGUCUUGCUACCGUGGUUAAAGAAUUUAAUUUCCCGCUAUUGCACCCGUGUGGACCCGGAGAAGGUGAUUCCUCGCUGGGAGCAAGACUACCGGCUCCAAGCCAUUUCUAAACUGGGACUCUUCUAUGAAUAUCUUGAGAUGGUCAUCCAGUUUGGCUUUGUCACGCUGUUUGUGGCCUCCUUCCCUCUGGCUCCGGUCCUGGCUCUGGUCAACAACUUGUUUGAGAUUCGGGUCGAUGCUUGGAAAAUCACAACUCAGUUUCGUCGCAUCAUGCCUGAGAAAGCUCAGGAUAUCGGGGCCUGGCAGCCCAUCCUCCAAGGCGUGGCUAUACUGGCUGUUGCCACAAAUGCCACGAUCAUUGCCUUUACGUCCGACAUGAUUCCACGUUUGGUCUACUACUGGUCUUUCUCUGUGUAUCCAUACGGAGAUUAUGGGAAUAACACCAUGGAGGGCUACAUCAACACCUCGCUGUCUAUAUUCAACAUCAAAGAUUUCUCCAACUAUAGCAGGCCCAUGAGUACGCCUUACAAUAUCACCACAUGCAGGUAUCGAGAUUUUCGGUAUCCUCCCGGGCAUACCAGGGAGUAUGAGUUCACUGUCUACUACUGGCAUGUGGUCGCUGCCAAAAUGGCUUUUAUAAUUGUUGUAGAGCACAUUGUUUACCUUACAAAGUUCAUCCUGUCCUACGUGAUCCCAGACGUCCCGUACGCUGUCAAAGAGCAGAUCAAACGAGAGAAAUACUUGACCCAGGUGAUCCUUCACGAGACCAACUUGAAGCUGGUGACCAAGCGUCUGAAACCAGCCAUAGAUGAGAUUUUGAAUGACACAGUGGUAACAGAGCCAAAGGAGGAGAUGGAGCUCUCUUUGGAUUUCUGACAGUAGACGAUAAGCACAGGGGAAGAGAGAUGGGACCUUUUUACAAAUCUACCACAAAGAAGGAGGAAGUCAUCUGUGACACUGCAAAUACAUGACUACCUUGUGUUUGGCAGCAUCCACCCACAUCCUUUUAGUACUGACCAACACCUUGAGAGCCAAUGACUAUGACCUGAAACAAGGUCUGGACUUGUGUUUAGACAUUGUCUAGCAAAGAAAGGCGCCUGAAGUUUCUCACAGGGAGAAACCACUGUUGUCUCUGGACUCUUCAAGGUCAAUGCAUAUAAAAGGAAAAAGAACAGUUUAUCUGUCUAUAUCACCACUUAACGUUUCUAUUUCUCUAUUGAAGCUAUUUGUGACUGUCUUCCUUCUUUUGAAGUCUGGUUUCAGUAUUAGAGAAAAACAGAAGCAGGGAUUUCAAAUCAAUGCCACACAGGAAAGGACACAGACUGUUUGCUGGAGAACACAUCAAAAACAAGAAAUCAAAGCCAUCCAAACCCAGAAUGGACACUUCUUUGCAGGUGCUGAACCACAAUUCAUGAUGGAAAUAUACUUUUUUUUGUCACAGAGAUGGAUCAGAUGGACUGCUUCAAAUGUACAGUAUGUGUAUGGUUGACUGCAACAGAAAAAGGGAAGAUGUCCAGACUUUGCGUUGGGAUAUUUUCCCUCUUUACUUUUUCUAACACAAUAUAUGUAGCCAAACACUCUUCCUGUUAUCUGACUCCAUAACAUUUUAGCUUGUUUAUAUCAGUGCUGCACAGUCUCAUCCUCUCCAAGGAGCUACAUGCCAGUGGCCAAUGAGUGCCACCCACCUCACAGUGAUUGCCUUAAGUGAAAGCUGUUAUGAAGAAUCAGUAUUAUCACAUACAAAAGUGCAGCACUAUCCAAUGCGAUGAUAAUAUGCUGAUUGCAAUCGAUUGGUUUCUUCCAUCUCCGUUACUAACGUGUUGUUGUUGUGAUCUAUCUAAUGUUACACAAGAGAGGAAAUGCCAGGAGUUAGAAAGGACAGGAACUACAACAAGUUGGAGCUGAUGUUUACAAGUUUACAAACUUAAUGAAUAAUUUGAAAUGUUAUUCUCCUUUAACUUUGUAGUUCUGUGUAGCCAUUAUUUUUUAUAGAGCUUAAAAAAUGCUUUAAAUGUAUCCCUGUGAAGUGAGUAUUGUAUCUUUGUCUGUUCCUUAAGCAUGUACUGACAUAGACAACUCUAUAACCACUGCACGAGACAAUGACUGCAUGUUACAGGUAACACAAUACAGUGAUUUGAAUGCCCUCUGUGGUGAUGCUGAAAUGUUAGAUCAGUACCUCUGCUGUUUUAUUAACUAACUUUGUGAUUGAACAAUGGUACCACAACCCCCAUGUAACACUGUCAUAUACCGGAAAUAUCUGACAAUUCGUAUCUGUUUUGUGUUUUUUUAUUCAUAAAAUUUAUUGAAAUUGUUUUUCUUCAGUGUUUUGUAGUCUCCUAUAGAUAAAAAUAUAUAUAUUUCUACCAUUGUAUUCUUUACUUUGCUUAACCUCCCUAACUUUUUUUACUUUCAUACUAUUCACCUCUUGUAUUAGCCAGAGAUCUGCUGUUAAUUCACAGUGUACUGACAUUUUAUGAACAAUCAUACAUCACCCCAGGAAGAUGAGGAUUUAAACAACUUGGGGUGAGCAAGAUCAAGCAACAGCAGCUAUAACAUAAGCUGUUUAACUAUGUUACUUUUUUAAAAACAGCACCUAAAAAGACAACAUAGCAUAAAAAUAAAGAAGUAAAAAAAUGUUUAGCAAAAUAUAUCAAAGGUAGCAUCACUGCGAGGCUCGUUGUUUUGGGUUGCAUUGAAGUGUUAGGUUGUUAAACAGUAGAAAUGCUGUUCACCCUCCUGCAUGAGACCUUGUUAUGAAUACAAUCAUAGUCUAUAAAGUUAAUGAGGACACUGAAAGGUGACUUAAAGGAACCUGGAGGAAAAAACCCAACCAGCUGAACUGGUUUUUUCAUAAGAUCAACAAGUAGACCUUCAUCUUUUCAGAUUCCUUUAUAGAGUUUAUCAACAAGUGUCUUUCCUUGAGAACUCCUGACCUAACAGUGAAGAGUCAGUGAAGAGCUUAUAUCUUUGUCUCCCAACCAGCCAGUCAUCAGAGUAUUUUUUUCUCCUUAUAAUUUUUACAAUUGAGGUGUUAAUUAAAUUGUUUUUACUCUAGUACUUCUAGUAAAUGAUAGCUAUGUGGGAUAUGUCUCAUCCGAAGUGUUCUUUUGAGUUUUACAAAUGAUCUUUCUUUAGAGCUGUGCAUCGAUUAAUUUGCUUUUUGGCAAAGAAUAAAUGUGGAUCUCAU